AUGGAUGCGGUUCUUGGCGACAAGACGUACAUCAGCAAAGUGCAAGUGGCAACUUACCAAGGGCUCAUUGCAAACCUGGCGACUUUCUGUGCCAAAGAGAAGAAGGGCUCCGAGGCCAGCAAGCUGCCGCGCAUCUUCCUGGCCGGUGGAGAGGUCUCCUUCGACUCCGCCGUGGCUUCCCUUCUGACAGAGGACGAGAUCCAUCAGCACAAGGUUGCACUGAAGAUUGAGAGUCGGAUGAAGGCAGAGAAGAAGCGCGGCAAGCAGGUGGCAUCGACGGACUUUACCGUGACGGGUAUCACCAUGAACGCUGCGGGUUCCACCGAGCCACCGGUGAUGCCUGGCUUGAUGUCUGUACCCUCUCCCGCGGAUGGAGUCCGUGGAGAAGCACCGGAGAAGUCCUUUUGCCCGAAGCCCAGGUCCCGGCAACGUGUUGGCAUCUUGGAAGGAGGUGACCUCCUGGCCACGCGCCUCCGGAACUUGCAGGGCGCGCUCCAGAGCGCCACCGCCGUUUCUGGCCGCUUGCUUCUGGCCUUUGCUAUUCGUGGAUGGCGUUUGGCCCCCCGAACCAGGCGAGAAGAGAGGAGGCUGGUGGAGGCUUGGAUCGCCACAGCGCAGGAGGCGCCUCUCCGACGGCUCCUCGCCGCCUGGCGCCGCGCGGCCGCCGCACAGCACCGUGGGAGGCUCACGGAGGUACGUGAGGAUCAACAACGAUUGGCGAGGAUGCUGUCCAAGCGCGAAGCGCAGAUGCGGAGUUUGGGUGUUGUACCCUGGCUUACAGGCCCGCUUGGAGGUUCUGCACUGGUCCAGCUCAUGCUUGCAAGAUGGCGGAGUUGGGCCCUUCAAUCAUCUGGAGCUCGGAGCGAUCGGCGGCAUGUGCUGGCCAGAUGCCUGCGUGGCUGGCAGCGGGUCCGUGGAUCUGCUUCGGCAAAGGAGGUUGGUGCAGCCAUGGUGCUGCGACUGCACUCCCGUCGGAUGUUGGAUGGGGCUUUCAGCUGGUGGCAAGUGCAGUCCAGCACACGUCUCUGGGUGGCCAGAGCGUGUGGGAAGCUCCAAGCUGCCGCGCAAAGCCGCGGCCGAGCGCAGGAGCGCACUCUUCUUCGGAGAUGUUUUGGCAGAUGGCUUGCGGAAGCUUGCUCGAGCCGACGCUUGCAGAAUCUUCGCCAGCAACUCUGGCCUUUGUUCGAAGGUCUGCAUCGAGCAGUGAUCACAACGCUGGCUUUCUACCGGUGGCAUUGCUGGGCGAAGCGCAGCCCGAAGGCCACGCGCAUCUACUCACACACCGUGCUGGUGCAAACGAUGCGUCAAAGAGCUGCUGCAGAGCUGGCUUUCCGAGCUUGGCGCGGCAUCCUGCGGCGUCGCGAGGCCAACAGGCAUACUGGCAAGAUAUGGAUGGAAGCAUCUGCGGCUUCCGAGCUUUGGGCAUGGGCGGCGCGGCUGCAUGCCCAAGUCGCCCGAGCACGCCUUGCACGUCGCGCGGCCCAAGCUCGGCAGGCUGGCGGCAUUGAAGCGCCAGCGCCGCAGACGCUACAGAGCAUUAUCGAAGCCGUGUUGGCACAGGCGCGUGCAGCGGCCCUUCUCGCGGCCUGGCGAUGGGUGGUGCAGGAGGCAGAGGUCCCUGAGCCACCCGAGCCCGAGCCCGCCCAUGUCCAGGAGGCAGGGCAAGAAGCGCGCGAAGUGUUGACCCUUUGCGAGACGCUGGAGUGGCAGAAUGCAGAUUUGCAAGUCCUGCUCCGUGAACGCGCCAUGGAAAAUGCACGACUGGAGACUGAACUGACGGAACUCUUGCCACUCCAAAGAUGA